ACCUUGAGUCUUGACUUGUGCCAUAAUGUCAAUGAUGCCCCAGCUGGAUUGUUGCUGACUUGCCACGAUCUUAUCCACAAAAUCACCUUGAGAAGCUUUGUACAUGACUGUCUGUAGUUUGUGUCAUUUGUAGACACACUGUAAAUGCGUAGGAACUGGGGAAGAUUUCUUCGUAACCCUGUCAAGCACCUGGGACGUGCGUUGUCGUUUCUUGUGCAGUUGCGUUGUAUAGUGCAGUGUGUGCUGUAGAUAAUAUUGCUGUUUGAGUCAGCUGAUCGUAGUUCUUCCGCCGUUUGCAUUCCCUAAAAUUUGUCUUGGAACUGUGAAGGCAGACUAUGUGAGAGUAGUUCAUCGCUGCUAUGGGAAAUUGCCUCAGUGCACCCAAUGAAAGCAGACAACCGUACAACGACGACCAGCAAGCAUCCGAUGAAGAUGUAGCCCUUGGCAAGAAUCGUCGUCUAAGUACGAGUCCUCCGCAAUGGAGCCCAGAAGAACGAAUGACUCGGGAGGAAGUUGAGUCGAAGCGAGCUGAAUUCUGGGAAACAUCUCCUGCUUUCGAAGGACGAAAGGAGAUCUGGGAAGCGCUGAAAGCUGCUUGUGAUGCUUUUGGAAAUAAGGAGUUCGAGUUGGCACAGACUAUUGUAUCAAGCGCCGGCAUAUCUUUACCGCGGGGUACUCUGGCUGAUGUUUAUGAUGAGCUUGGGAAUCGCUAUCGUAUCCCUAACUAUUGUCUUGUGUUUCCGCCUGAUUCUCCUGGUCGUGGCACUUCCGAACCCUCUGGAGCUCCCCAGUCAACGGAUGACUCAGGCAGUAAGCCAAAGCCAUCAGCAGAGGCUGCAUCUGCACCAGAUUCCCCGCAAGGUGACAAGAUCACUCUACGCAUUCGCCUUUCCAGUCUAAAGGACGUCAAAAUUAGUGUGCGGAGGACCGACACAAUUGCCACAGUCAAGCAGAAGCUUGGGCAGAUGGAGGGUUUUGAUGGUAGCAAAGUCCGAAUUUUCCUCACCGGAAAAAUUCUACCUGAUUCAGCAGUCAUCUCAGCUAUAAAAAUUCCUAAAGGAUUCUUGCUUCAGGCGCAUGUGCCUGCAUCUCCAUCGUGAUUUUAAAGAGAUCGCUUCACAAUUUUAUCGGCUUUGUCUGACUCUGUGAAGAAGAGUUAGGUUAGUGCGACUUUGGCGAUCUUUGUCUAACUCUGCACAAACAUAUCCAUUCAUGCUCUACAGGACAUAACAAAAUAGUUCCCAUUCAUUCCCACAAAAUAUGUCUUGAACACCCCGCAUGAAAGCUGUUGACAUAUUUAAUUCUCCAAAUUCUAGUCAGCAUGAGCCCAGUUUUAUCAGUUUGCUGUGCUUUUUCGACUCGUCUCCCGUUUUAGUGCAUCUAGCUGUUCCAAACCUCGCCCUGUACAUAUUACAGUGACGCUAAGUUUGUGCAGAUUUGGUUUAUUUUCAAGUUUUAUUAAAUUACUUAUCCGUGAUGUGCAUCAACUUGACACGUGAAUGGCCCUUUGUAGUCCUUGGUAGUUCUUUUAGCCGUACCGUGUAGAUCAACAUGAUUAUUCUCUGUAUAAUAGGAUCUGUACCUGCUGAGAGCUGAUGUGUAUGUUUGAGGUGCCACACGCUGCUGAUACUGCAUGGCCUGCUCUUCUUUGUGCUUCUUCCCUUUUAUAGUUUCUUUGCUAUCUCAGUUCCGCAUUUUUUGCAACUUUUCACCCUUCUUCAAAAAGGGAAUCUGGAAUUUGCAUGUAUCAAAAUGA